GUAGUAAUUCGAUAAAAAGCCCCACCAGUGCACAUUCGCAUGCCUCUCUCUCUCUCUCUCUCUCUCUGACGAAUGGCAAACAAACCCUCCCCGUCGGACCAGGGUUCGACCCUGACCACCUUCGUCCAAGCCGACCCGUCCACCUUCCGAGCUCUCGUCCAAAAGCUAACCGGCGCCGACGGCAGCUCUCCCCACCCAAAACUCCCCAUAACCGUUACGGCACGCCACUCCCCAAAACCCGUUUUGGCCGAUAUGGGGCCUCGCAGACACGCCUUCAAGCUUCAAGAAAGGAGGCAGAACAUGAGGAAGCUGGAGAUCAAUCCGGGCCCCACACCACGGCAUGCAAGAAGCCUGAAAGGUGAUAUGAUGUUGGUAUCUCCAGUCUCGACUCUCGACCGUCUAUUUUCAUGCAGCCCAAGGACGCCAACCUCUCCUUCUCUUUCUCUCUCAUCUCCUUCCCCUUCUUCUUCUUCUCCUUGUUGGGAGGAAGAGAGAGCUAUUGCUGGGAAAGGGUUUUAUUUGCAUCCAACGGCUGUAAAUGCGCCAAGGAGUAGUGAGCCUGAGCUCUUACCUUUGUUCCCUUUGCAUUCUCCCAAACAGCCUCCUCCUCCUCCUACCUCUUGAAGUUUUAGAUUUUGGUUCUUUUUUCUUUUCUUUAAUCUUUUUCUUGAUUUUGUUUUUUUUUUUUUUUUGUUUUUGUUUUUGUUUUUGUUUUUGUGGAGUUUGUGAUUUUUGUUAUAUUUGAUUUUAUUUCUUUUCAUUUAUUAGUUUGGUAUUAUGUUCUUGGGAGUUGGAAUAUUAUUAAUUAUUAUUAUUUUU